AUCAGCAGGGCUGGAUCUAUACAAACCCAGCCUCCUACACAACUGACUCUGAGUUGCUCCAGGCAGGGAUUAGAGGAAUUGAGAGAGAGAGACAGAAAGAGAGACAGAGAUUUUGAGUUAGUAAACCAGGGCACAGAUAGGGGACUAGGGCAGAGAAAGACAGAAGAAACAAAUGAUCAAGGUAGACAGGCACUUGGAGAGUGGGGGCAAGUUUGAACGAGACUUCCUAACACAUACCUAGAAAAGCUGCUGUGUAGUGUGAAGAAACUUCAGCCCAGUACCUGGAGUCCUCUGGUGAGCGCAUCCCCGCUGUGGCUUGAGUCUGCUGUCUCUGGGAAUCCCUGAUAAGGGCUCAUUCCCUCUUUCUCCUAAACUCCGGUCCUGGGAUUAAAAUAGGGGUUGGAACUCUCUGCACUGCAGCAGUCAUGGGACCCAGGAUAGGGCCAGUAGGUGUGGAGCCCCAGGUGACAGACAAGGACACCAAGGCCACGAUGGGCACAGAAGACACAUGUGGAGACAAAGCCAACCCAGAAUCUCAGGACUCGCGGCCAAGUGUGUUCCACAGCAUCAAGUUCUUCGUCCUGUGCCACAGCCUGCUGCAGCUGGCACAGCUCAUGAUCUCCGGCUACCUCAAGAGCUCCAUUUCAACGGUGGAGAAGCGCUUCGGCCUCUCCAGCCAGACCUCCGGGCUGCUGGCUGCCUUCAAUGAGGUGGGGAACACGACCCUGAUUGUGUUUGUGAGCUAUUUUGGCAGCAGGGUACACCGACCCCGAAUGAUCGGCUAUGGGGCUAUCCUUGUGGCCCUGGCGGGCCUGCUCAUGACCCUUCCACACUUCAUCUCGGAGCCAUACCGCUACGACAGCACCAGCCCCGUGGACACUCCGCAGGACUCCGAGGCUUCCCUGUGCCAGCCUGCAACCUUGGCCCCGCCCCCAGCCCCCUCCAAUGGCAGCAGCUGUUCAAGCUACACAGAGGCCAAGCAUCUGGCUUUGGUGGCAAUAAUGUUCAUGGCGCAGACCCUGCUUGGUGUGGGCAGCGUGCCCAUCCAGCCCUUCGGCAUCUCCUAUAUCGAUGAUUUUGCCCACAACAACAAUUCGCCCCUUUACCUCGGGAUGCUGUUUGCAGUGACGAUGAUGGGGCCAGGCAUGGCCUACGGGCUGGGUGGCCUCAUGCUGAGCCUUUAUGUGGACAUUAACCGCAUGCCAGAAGGUGGUAUCAACCUGACCUCGAAGGACCCCCGAUGGGUGGGUGCCUGGUGGCUGGGCUUCCUCAUCUCUGCUGGCGUGGUGGCCCUGGCUGCCACCCCCUACUUCUUCUUCCCCAGGGCGAUGCCCAAGGAGAAACAUGAGCUUCACAUACAGCGAAGGGUCUUCUCAAUUGUCAGAAAAAGUGAAGACUCCUCCCCAGAGCAGAGCCCAGAGUCCUCAAAGAAGAAGGAAGGCCUAGCACAGAUUGCGCCAGACCUGACCGUGAUCCAGUUCAUCAAAGUCUUCCCCAGCGUGCUGCUGCGAACCCUGCGCCACCCCAUCUUCCUGCUGGUGGUCCUGUCCCAGGUUUGCUUGUCAUCCAUGGCGGCGGGCAUGGCCACCUUCCUGCCCAAGUUCCUGGAGCGCCAGUUUUCCAUCACAGCGUCCUACGCCAACGUACUCAUUGGCUGCCUCUCCUUCCCCUCGGCCAUUAUGGGCAUCGUAGUCGGGGGCAUCCUGGUCAAGCGCCUCCACCUGGGCCCCAUGCGCUGCAGCGUCCUUUGCCUGCUGGGGGCGCUGUCCUGCCUGUUUCUCAGCCUGCCCCUCUUCUUCAUGGGCUGCCCUACCCACCAGAUCGCAGGCAUCAUCCACCAGCCUGGUGCGCAGCCGGAGCUGGAGCUCCUUCCGGACUGCAUGGAGCGCUGCAACUGCCCAUCAGAUGACUUUAACCCCCUCUGCGACCCCAGCGCCCGUGUAGAGUACCUCACACCAUGCCACGCAGGCUGCACCAGCCGGGUGGUCCAGGAGGCUCCGGGCAAAAGCCAGGUUUUGUAUACCAACUGCAGCUGCGUGAUGAGGGGCAACACUGUGUCAGCGGGCUCCUGCGAAUCAGCCUGCAGCCACCUGGUGCUGCCGUUCAUGGUCCUGAUUGGCCUGAGCGCAGCCAUGGCCUGUGUCACCCACACACCCUCCUUCAUGCUCAUCCUAAGGGGAGUGAAGAAGGAAGACAAGACUUUGGCUGUGGGAAUCCAGUUCAUGCUCCUGAGAGUUCUGGCCUGGAUGCCCAGCCCCGUGAUCCACGGCAGUGCCAUCGACACCACCUGCGUGUACUGGGCCCAGAGCUGUGGCCGUCGGGCCGUCUGCCGCUACUAUGACCAUGACCUGCUCCGAAACCGGUUUAUUGGAAUCCAGUUCUUUUUCAAGACGGGCUCCCUGGUUUGCUUCGCCUUGAUUUUGGCUAUCCUAAGGAAGCAGGACAAAGAAGAGGGGACGAAGGUGGUGGCAUGCCAUGACCUACAGCAGCAGUUGUUAGCGUCGGGACCAGAGAAGAAGCCUGAAGAAUUCAGAGUGUGAGCUGCCCCAGGGCCCUGCCCUGGCCAACAGUGGUGGCCACAGCCAGUACCUCUCAGCAGCUACCUUAGCUUUGAGAUUGUUGGUCAGGAGCUUUGUUUUUCAGUUCUGACUCCUCCACUAACUUGCUGUGUGACUUGGGGCAAGUUGCUGACCCCCUCUGGUCUCUGUUUGCUCAUCUGAACCAAGGAGAUACUUGGAGCUUUGCUGUGUGUGAUCACCUCUGAAGCAAGAGGGUCUCCCCUCUUUCUUCCCCAGCCAGAGAGGCUGACCUGAAACCAGGCUUUCCAGGGCAGAGGGGCUGCAUAUCUUUCCCUCUGGGACCUUAGGGUAGAGAAGUGGAUGACAGUAAGCCAGGCUCCCCUGCAUACCAGAUCCUAGCCCUGCUCUGCCACUUGCCUGGGGCAUCUUCUCUGAGCCUCAGCCACCAUCUCUGCCAGGCGGAAAUGGGUUAACCAGCUUUCAGGCCUCUUCCAGCUGUGACCAACUGUGUAGUCAGGAUGUUCUCACUUCUCCCCAGCCCCACUCAGCCUGGAGGUGGGGCUGGGACAACCUCUGUUAAGAAGUGUCCAUUUGGCGCCCCCUGGAGGCAGACACCUGAGCUGUGAGGGGAGAUCCACUGGGGAUGGAAGUGGCCUCACACUCAGGACAUCCAGGCGGGGCGGGGCCUUUAGGAAAUCUGGUGUGAGGACUUCACACGGGGAGACUCACUUUCUGGACUCAGGAAGUCCCAGACCUUGCCUUUGGGGAGCCACAGUCUGGGUGAGGGACUCCGGGGGAGCGGGGGACCCAGGCACCUCACUUGAGCGUUUUCCAACUUCAAAGAGCAAACACACCCAACACACACUCACUGGUACUCUAUGCAUUGCCAAGACUUCACACAUUUGCCUAUGACCCCCACCUAAGUCACUGUGACUUUUGUAACUAGAAUCCUAAUUUCAGUUUCCUCCUGGGUGCUUAAAUCUGAGUCGCCUGGGGCUAUGUAGAUAGUGUUUUAGUUCUGUGAUACCCACGUUUUGGAGGUAGCAUCUGGUUCUCUGUGAUGCCUGGGUUGGCAUAAGGACCUACCCUUUGUCCUGCCCAGACUGGUAAUGCUGGAAGCAGUACCACCCAGCUGUUUAAGGAGUCAGUCUGCGGAAUGCUCAAGUCUGAAACAAGGUCGGCCUGUGCAUGUCAGGCCACAUCUGACUUUAUGGCCGGGCCUGGUUACCUCCCUGAUCUGCUCCCAGCCCAUUCUGUUGCCCUCACCUCUCCAACCCAGCUGGGACCUGCUGCUCCAGAGGCAGGAGACAGGGAGCCGUCAGCAGCCACUCCCCAAGCCCCGUGUCCGGCUGUGUGCCACCGGCCGGGGAGAAGCUGAGGGCAUAGAGGGCACAACUGGCCAUGGCCCUCCGAGCAGCUCCCAGCUGCAGGCUUUGACGCUAUCUCACGUGAAGGAAAAGGGAAUUGCAGAUGUUCUCAUUCCCGCUGUAUUCCACUAUUUUUGAUAACUUUCCAUGUUUAACAAAUAUCUGAGCCUGUAUUUAUCAAUGCCAAGAACUUCAAAGUCCACAAGAAGAUGAAGCUUUUUGUAUGUUUAUAUUCCUUCUCCUUCCCUCCUGUUUCCAGAUGUUGCAGAAAUAAUCUGGAAUUAUAGCUACAACUUGUUAUUAAAUUUGUUA